AUGCCCGGUCGCCCGCCCAAGCGACCGGCGGAAGCUGGCGAUCCUGCCACCACCGACGCCGACACUGCUGCUGCCGCCGCCGCCGCUGUUGCUGCUGGUCAUGGCAAGGUGAAGCUGCCGCGUCUCGACAAGGGCGGCCAGGAGGACUUCUCCUCCGUCGUCAAGAACCGUCUGUCGUCUUACACGAGGACCGGCCAGGCCUGCGACAGAUGCAAGGUCAGAAAGAUCCGCUGCGAUGCCCUCCCCGAAGGAUGCUCCCACUGCGUCAACCAGAAUCUCGACUGCUUCGUCACCGAUCGCGUCACCGGCCGAACCGAACGUCGAGGGUACCUGCAGGAACUCGAGCGGGAAAAGACCGACAUGAUGAACCACAUACGCGACCUCGAGAAGCUCCUCGAGAACAACGGCAUCGAAGUCAAGCCCUGGACCUGGGCCCCCUACGGCAUGGCCUACCCUCCACCAGGCGUCACCUACGAUCAUAUGGGCAAUGCCGUCGAGGACCCGGCCGAGAAGGAUGCCUGGACAAAGGUCGGGUCCGUCUGGGUCAAGAAUUACAACUUCAAGCCGCCCGCGAGUCGCUCCUUUCCCCGGUCAUCACUCGAGUCGCGUCCUGUUCACAACCACAUUGGCGUAGGUGGCGACAGCGCCCUUCUCAGCUCCAUCAAGGGCACACGCCUGUCCAUCCUCGGCACUACGAUAGACGUCACCUCCUUCGACGCCCCUGACAUGGACGAGCCCGUACCCGAUGCCAAGAUCUCCCAGCCGCUCUACAACAAGUCCCUCCAGUCCUUCCUGCAGUCAUGUAUGAACAUCAACCCGCCCGUCAAUAUCGAACUCCCCUCGCGAAGCGACGCAUUUACAUACUCGGAGUGGUAUUUCCUCAUGAUCUGGCCAUUCCUGCCCUGGGUCGAACACUUCCUCUGCCUACCUGUGCUUGCUGCUGACCAUCCCUUCAAGCUGACUCGCAUGUACGACGAACCCGACUUUGAGCCAGAGGUUCCCGAUCUGGUCAUGGUGCACAUGGUCUUUGCCACAAUCUACUUCCAGUACGGCGUGAGGAACUGGGAGCAGCAGGAGAGCCGUUCCCAGCUGAAUGAGCUGUCUAACAAACACUACCACUUUGCUCUGAGCAAAAUGUACGACUUGGCCUCGGCGCAGUCUGUCGCUGCCGUGCAAGCCAUGGCCAUGAUUUCUGCUCACAGCCGCGCCUUCCCAAAGCCUGGAUGCGGCUCUAUGGUCACCAACUUUGCCUUCCACUGUGCCAUUGACCUCAACCUGCACCGCGCUGCCAAGGCGCCGGGUGAGACGACAAAUCUGGAAAACGAGAUCCGCAAGCGCACUUGGUGGACUAUUCUGACCGUGUACGUCACCCUGAACGGGCGCCUCGGACGGCCUAUGCCCAUCAAUGUGGAGGAGUAUGAUGUCGACUUCCCCGAGCCCAUUGCGGACGAGGCGCUGACACCAGAGGGCGUCGACACUUCCGUGACAACGCCCUGCAAUUACCACGUCGGUUUGGCUGGAUUCAAGAUCGUCCCUCUCUUCAUGGAGAUGUACUCCAACAUCUACAGCGUAAAGCGUGAUCCGAAGAACUACGCCGACGUCGUAAAUGCGUUGGAGGAGCAGCUUCAACUGUGGAAGGACAGCCUACCAGAAAACCUCCAACUCAACCUUGCCGGCCAGACAGAACACGAAGGCAAAAUGUAUGCACUAUACAUACAGAUGUAUGCGCUCGAGUUCCGUCUUUGUUUGCGUCAUCCAUCUGUGGCCAUGACAAGCGACCGCAAGAUGCUCCUGGAGAAUGCCCGAAUCUGCGAGGAGACAGCGGCGCACAUGCUCAAGGCCACCAAAUGCAUUCUGAAGCUGAAAUCCUUGGAUACGACGUGGUAUCAAAUCGCGGUCUAUGGCGCCGCAAUCUUCACAACUUUGGUCGCCCACUGGGAAAGGAGGUUCGAGACGACCCCUAACCAGAUCGCCAACAUUCGCUCUGACAUGAGAGACUGGAUGGAAAUUAUCAACGCCACAGUAUCACUAAUCGGAACGGGAUCUGGCAUCAGCAACGAAAUCAAUCUCAUCAUUGAGAGAACAAUCAGUUGGAUCGAGCACGACUCCAAGCAAAAGGAAGGAUCGCUGCCUCAAACGAUUAAGCCCGACCCGGCAGACUCGACACCUUUCCAGCUUUCGGCACAGCCGCAGUCUACACAGGCCUUGGCCGCGAGUGCUGCCGAGACAGCUGCGAAGGCGUUCUACGCAGAAUCGGCCAACCAGAACGGAAACACGCCGUACCCGUCCCUGGCAUACGCCGAGCAGCCCGGAAACAAUAGUCUGGCUGCCAAUGCUGCUUUUGAGGCGAACAACGCCUACUCUUACACGCCUGCAGUGCAGGCGACCGGGGCGGCAGACGAGACCUCGGCCGAGACCAACCCCUUGAUUGCGUUUGCUUCACAGGCAACUCAACAUGUGGCUGACCCAACUGGCUCCGCUGCCGCUGCCGAGCUUCUGUGGCGACAAUCCGCAUCUCAGGGCAAUACCUGGCACGACUGGACCGCUGCGAUGGCCGACAGCCAAGACAGGUACAGCGCUAACGCCCUCUUGACGCUGGGCGGCGGCCCUAGGGAUCCGAACGCAGUAUCAGAAGCGGCUACUGUGGCCGAAAUGGCCGCUGUCACAGCCGCGCCGGUAGGCCAGUGGCCACUUCUCCUCUUCGAUGGCCCGGGAGGUGGUGGUGGCCAAUGA